UUAUUUGCUUUUAUCACAGGACUUACAACUUCACCUGAGUGUAAGAAAUUGCACUCGGGUGCAAAAUGGAUUGGGUGAUCUAUUUGACAGCUAACAAGAUGAGCAGAAAAACACUGAUAAUUGCAGUGUUAAGUUUAGUGUUUUGUAGCGCAUCAUCAGAUUUAGACCUUUGCUCACGACUGAGACAACAGCAGAUAAAAUAUUGCUCAUCAACAACUGCAACUCUGUUUACAACCACUGCCAAGCUAACAACUGCAACAACUGAAUCUACAACUGUUACAGCAAACUCAGCUACAACUACAACUCAUCUUACAACUACAAGCCCUCGUACAGAAACAGCAACACCAUUUACAUCUACAGCUGCACCAACAACAGCAACAACAACAGCAACAACCAUAACUGCUUUACCAUCUACAACUGAACAAUCAACUACAUCUGAACAAAGCACCACAACGCAGACAGCAGCAACAUCCCUACCUACAACAAGUACAGCUCAAUCUACAACUGUGGUUACAACAAACUCACCUUCAACAGCAACUCAGCUUACAACAUCAGCUCCUCCUACAGAAACAACAACACAACUUACAUCUACAACUGAACCAACAACCACAACAUCUUCAACAUCCACAGCUGAACAAUCGACUACAUCCGAACAAAGUACCACAACGCAGAAAACAACAACAUCCCUACCUACAACUACAGCCUCUCCUACAGAAACAACAACACAAUUUACAUCUACAACUGAAUCAACAACAACAACAACAGCAACAACCAUAACUGCUUUACCAUCUACAACUGAACAAUCAACUACAUCUGAACAAAGCACCACAACGCAGACAGCAACAACAUCCCUACUGACAACUACAGCCUCUCCUACAGAAACAACAACACAAUUUACAUCUAGAGCUGAACCAACAACAACAACAACAACCACAACAACAACUGUUUUAACAUCUACAAAUGAACCAACAACUACAACUGUUUUAACAUCUACAACGGAACAAUCAACUACAUCCGAACAAAGUACAACACAAACAGCAACAACAUCCCUACCUACAACUACAGCCUCUUCUACAGAAACAACAACACAAUUUACAUCUACAACUGAACCAACAACAACAGCAACAACAGUUUUAACAUCUACAACUGAACCAACAACCACAACUGCUUCAACAUCUACAGCUGAACAAUCGACUACAUCCGAACAAAGUACAACACAAACAGCAACAACAUCCCUACCUACAACUACAGCCUCUCCUACAGAAACAACAACACAAUUUACAUUUUCAGCUGAACCAACAACAACAGUUUUAACAUCUACAACUGAACCAACAACCACAACUGCUUCAACAUCUACAGCUGAACAAUCGACUACAUCCGAACAAAGUACAACACAAACAGCAACAACAUCCCUACCUACAACUACAGCCUCUCCUACAGAAACAACAACACAAUUUACAUCUAGAGCUGAACCAACAACAACAACAACCACAACAACAACUGUUUUAACAUCUACAAAUGAACCAACAACUACAACUGUUUUAACAUCUACAGCUGAACAAUCGACUACAUCCGAACAAAGUACAACACAAACAGCAACAACAUCCCUACCGACAACUACAGCCUCUCCUACAGAAACAACAACACAAUUUACAUCUAGAGCUGAACCAACAACAACAACAACAACCACAACAACAACUGUUUUAACAUCUACAAAUGAACCAACAACUACAACUGUUUUAACAUCUACAGCUGAACAAUCGACUACAUCCGAACAAAGUACAACACAAACAGCAACAACAUCCCUACCUACAACUACAGCCUCUCCUACAGAAACAACAACACAGUUUACAUCUACAGAUGAACCAACAACAACAACAACCACAACAACUGUUUUAACAUCUACAAAUGAACCAACAACUACAACUGUUUUAACAUCUACAGCUGAACAAUCAACUACAUCCGAACAAAGUACAACACAUACAGCAACAACAUCCCUACAUACAACUACAGCCUCUCCUACAGAAACAACAACACAAUUUACAUCUAGAUCUGAACCAACAACAACAACAACAACUGUUUUAACAUCUACAACUGAAUCAACAACAACUGCUUCAACAUCUACAACUGAAAAAUCGACUACAUCCGAACAAAGUACAACACAAACAGCAACAACAUCCCUACCUACAACUACAGCCUCUCCUACAGAAACAACAACACAAUUUACAUCUAGAGCUGAACCAACAACAACAACCACAACAACAACUGUUUUAACAUCUACAAAUGAACCAACAACUACAACUGUUUUAACAUCUACAGCUGAACAAUCAACUACAUCCGAACAAAGUACAACACAAACAGCAACAACAUCCCUACCUACAACUACAGCCUCUCCUACAGAAACAACAACACAAUUUACAUCUAGAGCUGAACCAACAACAACAACAACAACCACAACAACAACUGUUUUAACAUCUACAAAUGAACCAACAACUACAACUGUUUUAACAUCUACAGCUGAACAAUCGACUACAUCCGAACAAACAACAACAUCCCUACCUACAACUACAGCCUCUCCUACAGAAACAACAACACAAUUUACAUCUACAUCUGAACCAACAACAACAACAACAACUCAACAACAUCCCUACCUACAACUACAGCCUCUCCUACAGAAACAACAACACAAUUUACAUCUACAACUGAACCAACAACUGCUUCAACAUCUACAACUGAACAAUCAACUACAUCCAAACAAAGUACAAAACAACAACAACAGUACAUCUACAACUGAAUCAACAACUGCUUCAACAUCUACAACUGAACAAUCAACUACAUCCGAACAAAGUACAACACAAACAGCAACAACAUCCCUACCUACAACUACAGCCUCUCCUACAGAAACAACAACACAAUUUACAUCUACAGAAACAACAACACAAUUUACAUCUACAACUGAAUCAACAACAACUGCUUCAACAUCUACAACUGAACAAUCAACUACAUCCGAACAAAGUACAACACAAACAGCAACAACAUCCCUACCUACAACUACAGCCUCUCCUACAGAAACAACAACACAAUUUACAUCUACAACUGAACCAACAACUGCUUCAACAUCUACAACUGAACAAUCAACUACAUCCGAACAAAGUACAACACAAACAGCAACAACAUCCCUACCUACAACUACAGCCUCUCCUACAGAAACAACAACACAAUUUACAUCUACAACUGAAUCAACAACUGCUUCAACAUCUACAACUGAACAAUCAACUACAUCCGAACAAAGUACAACGCAAACAGCAACAACAUCCCUACCUACAACUACAGCCUCUCCUACAGAAACAACAACACAAUUUACAUCUACAGCUGAACCAACAACUGCUUCAACAUCUACAACUGAACAAUCAACUACAUCCAAACAAAGUACAACGCAAACAGCAACAACAUCCCUACCUACAACUACAGCCUCUCCUACAGAAACAACAACACAAUUUACAUCUACAACUGAAUCAACAACUGCUUCAACAUCUACAACUGAACAAUCAACUACAUCCGAACAAAGUACAACGCAAACAGCAACAACAUCCCUACCUACAACUACAGCCUCUCCUACAGAAACAACAACACAAUUUACAUCUACAACUGCUUCAACAACAACUGCUUCAACAUCUACAACUGAACAAUCAACUACAUCCGAACAAAGUACAACGCAAACAGCAACAACAUCCCUACCUACAACUACAGCCUCUCCUACAGAAACAACAACACAAUUUACAUCUACAACUGCACCGAUAACAACAACAACAACAACAACUGCUUCAACAUCUACAACUAAACAAUCAACUACAACUGAACAAAGCACCACAAUGCAGACAGUAACAACAUCCUUAUCUACAACAAGUCCAACUCAAUCUACAACUGUGGUUACAACAAACUCACCUACAACUGCAACUCAGCUUACAACUACAACUAAACCAAAAGCCACAACUGCUUCAACAUCUACAACAGAACAAACAACUACAUCUGAACAAAGCACAACAAUGCAGACAGUAACAACAUCCCUGCCUACAACAAGUACAGCUCAAUCUACAACUGUGGUUACAACAAAUUCACCUUCAACAGCAACUCAGCUUACAACACCAGCUCCUCCUACAGAAACAACAACACAAUUUACAUCUACAGCUGCACCAACAACAGCAAUAACCAUAACUGCUUUACCACCUACAACUGAACAAUCAACUACAUCUGAACAAAGCACCACAACACAGACAGCAACAACAUCUCUACCUACAACAAGAACAGCUCAAUCUACAACUGUGGUUACAACAAACUCACCUUCAACAGCAACUCAGCUUACAACAUCAGCUCCUCCUACAGAAACAACAACACAACUUACAUCUACAACUGAACCAACAACCACAACUGUUUUAACAUCUACAACUAAACCAACAACCACAACUUUUUUAACAUCUACAACUGAACCAACAACCACAACUGCUUCAACAUCUACAACAGAACAAACAACUACAUCUGAACAAAGCACAACAACACAGACAGCAACAACAUCCCUACCUACAACAAGUACAUCUCAAUCUACAACCGUGGUUACAACAAAUUCACCCUCAACUACAGCCCCUCCUACAGAAACAACAAAAACACAACUUCCAUCUACGGCUAAACCAACAACCACAACUGUUUUAACAUCUACAACUAAAAAAUCCACUACAUCUAAACAAAGCACUACAAAGCAGACAGCAACAACAUCCCUACCUACAAGUACAGCUCAGUCUUCAACGACGAGCGAUAUCUGCUUUCAAUUGUCACAACAGCUGGAUAAAUUCUGCUCAGCAACAACUACAACUCUGUUUACAACUACUGCCAAACUGACACAAACAUCUGAAUCAACAAACUCACUGACAACAACUGAAUCUACCACUGUUACAGCAAACUCAGCUACAACUGAAACUCUUCCUACAGAAUCAACAACACAACUUACAAUUGAACCAACAACCACAACCAAACAAUCAACUCAAUCUGAACAAAGCAUCACAACACAAACAGCAACAACACUUCUACCUACAACAAGUGCAGCUCAAUCUACAAUUGUGGUUACAACAAACUCACCUACAACUGCAACUCUGCUUACAACUACAGCCCCUCCUACAGAAACAACAACACAACUUGCAUCUGCAACUGAAACAACAACCACAACUGAACAAUCAACUAUAUCUGAACAAAGCAUCACAACACAAACAGCAACAACACUUCUACCUACAACAAGUGCAGCUCAGUCUACAAUUGUGGUUACAACAAACUCACCUACAACUGCAACUCUGCUUACAACUACAGCCCCUCCUACAGAAACAACAACACAACUUGCAUCUGCAACUGAAACAACAACCACAACUGAACAGUCAACUAUGUCUGAACAAAGCAUCACGACGCAGACAGCAACAACAUUCCUAUCUACAACAAGUACACCUCAAUCUACAGUUGUGGUUACAACAAACUCACCUACAACUGCAACUUUGCUUACAACUACAGCCCCUACUACAGAAACAACAACACAACUUGCAUCUACAGCUGAGCCAACAAUUACAAUCACAGCUCAAUCAACAACAACCCCAGACACAACCGAGACGAUUUUUGUUAGUUUUUCCAGCAGUGAAGAUUUUGUGACUGAUCUGUCAAAUCCAGCUUCAGAUGCAUAUAAAAACAGAGAAAAGAAAGUCAAAGAUACGUUGACACCAUUCUUUACAAAUGCCUUCACCUCCUUUAAAGGACUGGCAGUUAUUCGGUUCCGUCAGGGGUCAAUCAUCACUGAAAUGAAUGUGACAUUUGGAACCUUACCCACAAAUGAAAAAAUAAAAGAAACUAUUAUGCAAGCUAACGCCACUCUUAAUAUCACCAGUGUAAGAGUAACGGAUCCCUUACCCAUAACUACCAAUGCCACUACACCCACGCCAACCACAACUACAACCGCACCUAACACAACUACAACCGCCAAUCCUAAUACAACAACAACAGUCAAUCCUUAUACAACAACAACCAAUCCUAACACAACAACAUCCGCCAAUCCUAAUACAACAACAACAGUCAAUCCUUAUACAACAACAACCAAUCCUAACACAACAACAUCCGCCAAUCCUAAUACAACAACAACAGUCAAUCCUUAUACAACAACAACCAAUCCUAACACAACAACAUCCGCCAAUCCUAAUACAACAACAACAGCCAAUCCUUAUACAACAACAACCAAUCCUAACACAACAACAUCCGCCAAUCCUAAUACAACAACAACAGCCAAUCCUAAUACAACAACAACAGUCAAUCCUUAUACAACAACAACCAAUCCUAACACAACUACAACCGCCAAUCCUAAUACAACAACAACAGUCAAUCCUUAUACAACAACAACCAAUCCUAACACAACAACAUCCGCCAAUCCUAAUACAACAACAACAGUCAAUCCUUAUACAACAACAACCAAUCCUAACACAACAACAUCCGCCAAUCCUAAUACAACAACAACAGCCAAUCCUAAUACAACAACAACAACCAAUCCUAACACAACAACAACAGCCAAUCCUUAUACAACAACAACAGCCAAUCCUAAUACAACAACAACAACCAAUCCUAACACAACAACAACAGCCAAUCCUUAUAUAACAACAACAGCCAAUCCUAAUACAACAACAACAACCAAUCCUAACACAACAACAACAGCCAAUCCUUAUACAACAACAACAGCCAAUCCUAAUACAACAACAACAACCAAUCCUAACACAACAACAACAGCCAAUCCUUAUAUAACAACAACAGCCAAUCCUAAUACAACAACAACAACCAAUCCUAACACAACAACAACAGCCAAUCCUUAUACAACAACAACAGCCAAUCCUAAUACAACAACAACAACAACCAAUCCUAACACAACAACAACAACAACAACCAAUCCUAACACAACAACAACCAAUCCUUAUACAACAACAGCCAAUCCUAACACAACAACAACAACAACAACAACAACAACAACAACAACCAAUCCUAACACAACAACAACAACAACAACAACAACAACCUCAACCUCAACCUCAACCUCAACAACAACAACACCAACCACAACAACAACAGAAGCAACCACAACAACAGCACCAGCACGUCCUCCUCUAUCUAUAUCCAUACAGAUUGUUAUUAUAGAGAUAUAUGUUCCAGCACUGGCAGACAACAAAUCUCCAGAAUUUAAAAACCUAGCCACAAAAGUAGAGAGCAUGUUUGAUGAAGUCUAUAAAAAGAAGUUUGGGUCUCGUUUCAUCAAGACUAUUGUGAUUGCAUUCAUAGCUGUUGCCAGAUCCCGGGCAGAAUCAAACGUACAGGCGGAGGUUGAGCUGGUGUUUAGUGAGGAGUCCACUGAACCGAUCCCCAGCAACUCUGACAUUGUGGAGACUCUAAAAGAAGCAGUUGCUAAUUCAACUGCAGGAUUCAACCUCACGCUUGAUCCAACCUCUAUUACCGUCAUUAAAUCAGUGAAGACAAUUCCACUGACAAUCCUCACCAAUGGAACUUUUGUGGCUGCUCUUUCCAAUAAAAGUUCUUCUGAAUUCCAGAGCAGAGCUUCGAUGAUCAAAACAGGGCUUGAACCCUUUUUCCUGGCCGAUUACCCUGCAUCAUUUAGCACAGUAUCCAUAACAAGCUUCAGUGAUGCCAAUGUAAAAUUAAGGAGUGUGCCCACGAUCCGAAACUCCAUGGACCUUGUAUUCGGAGCGAAUGCUGUUCUACCCAAUAGCACCCAGAUAGUGAACACUGUAGUUCGAGCAGCCAGAACCAACACGUUGCCCUUCCAGAUCUUCACUUCUUCAAUUGUAAUAAAUGGAACAGCAUAUUCAUCAGCUGAAGUCAGCAGCAGGAUCAGUGUGUUGACCGCUUCAGUCCUGGUUGCUGUGUCACUUCUGGUUCCAAGGUUUAACUGACUGUAACCACUCAGGCCCAUAUAACUGAUUCGGACAGGUCUGAAUCUUGCCUUUUAAUGUCUGAUCAAAUGAAGAAUUCAAAUGAAGGACAAAUGAAGCUACUGAUGCUACUUAAUUAGUAGCAAUGAAAGUACUUUUUAAACAACCCUAUUCUGAGCACUUUAAACAAGAUCGAACCUACAAUGGAUUCUAAAUCAGUUCUGGAUCUAGAUGUACCUGUAUAUGUAUGUACACAAUCAGUAUUGUAUAAAGCACUAUAUAGAUAAACGCAAAGAUGUACCUGCAUGUUUUCAUGGAUUAACUUCAGAAUCAAUCAUUGUGCACUUAUGUUGUUUUUAAAUAUUGGUUAAUGGGUUAUUGAUUGCCAGAACUGUUUUAUUUUGUAAGGACAUUUUACUAAAUGCGUAAAUACAGUACACAGGUUUUUAAAAUCUAAAGUUUGCUGAAAUGCUAUGCUAUUAUUGAUUCUUCAGAAAAGGGAUAAAACAAGCAAGUAAAAAAAUAUAUAUAUAUAUAUAAAAAUAUAUAUAUAUAAUAAUAAUAAUAAAACCCUCUAGUGCACCAUUUCAGCGGCUUGUCAAUUCUUUUGAAAUAAUGACCUUAAAAUGCGGCAUCCUAGGACCAUAAGUAUUUCAUUUAGAUAACUAAACUUACUAAAGAACCACAGACAAAACAAUAAUUACUGUGCAUAUUUAAAAUAAACACUAUUGGCACUCGUACAUCGGUAUUUGUCACCUCUGAAAUGGCCAUGUUUUGAAGCAGCUAUUUGAUGGCAGACUCGACAUGUAAAGGCUGAACCAAGAAAAUGGAUGAAACAUGAAUAAUAUAAUCAAAGACUGAGUGAAUGUAAAGGAUGAAACAAGGUAAACGCAACAAAAAGGAGGAAACUAACAUUGGUGUAUCUAAAAAAAGGACACAACAGUGAGCGCAGAUAUGGCAGCUGAAAUACAAGUGGAGAUGAGGACCAUGAGACAAGAUGUUGCCGGUAAGCUAGAGAGAAUAGACGCAUCAGUGAAAGAAGUUAACGAAGUGAUUAAAAGCCUUGAGAACAGAAUAGAGCAUCAGAAUAAAGGAUAAGCGCAUUGGAAGAACGUGGGGACAGAACUGAACGACUGCUAGUGUACAUGCUAACAAAACAGCACAGACUAGAAGAAAAAUACGAGGUCUUGGAGAGACGAUCACGCAGGUCAAACAUCCGGAUCUAUGGAGUCAGAGAGGGCGCCGAAAGAGAAAAGCUUAUGACAGAAUUUAUACAAAAAAUUUGUUAAAAACCUCCUUGAACUCCCUGCUGACUGAGAUUUGGGCACUGAGCAUACUCCAAGGUCUCUCAUCACGGCUCCGACAGAUCCUAAAGCAUCUCCCAGGUCAAUCGGGCUAAAAUGUCUGCACUUCCUGACUAAGCAACAAGUCCUGUUUGAGGCAUUGAGCAAAGUUUGUGUGGGACAAUGUGGGACAUGUUACCAACACUACAACAUAACCUGAAGCUGUUAUAUAAUGUCUAUCUGACUUAAUAAAAACAUUUGUAUUCUGCCUUUCAGCUCAUACAAAUACUUUGUCCUUUCCUGAAAGGACAAAGCAACAUAAGAAGAUUUUCUCUGUUUUGUUGCCAUUUUGUUGCUUUUUCUUUACAGAAUAUAUGCCACAAAAAGAAUAAAUUAAAAAGCUUUCUUAGGGUGUGUUCACACUUGUCAGGUUUGGUUCAAUUAAAACGAACUCUGUUGCGUUUGCCCUGUUAGUGUGGUUCAUUUGAGUAAGUGUGAACGCUGCCAUCUGAACCCUGGCACGGACCAAAUAAACAAGCUCUAGACCGCUAAAAAGAUGGGUCUUGGUCCGCUUCCAAACGAACUCUGGUGCGGUUCGAAUUAAAUAUGAACGCAACAUGGACCAAAUGCUUCUAAACGAACCAAAACCAAGAUGCGACACUAUUCAACAUGAUUUCACAAAGGGAUCAAGUGGUGUAUCCAAAACAAAAUGAGCAGAGGGCAAACGUGGAGCAAUGAGGAGGUAAAGUGCCUUUUAUCUAGCUCUUUGUGAGUUCGCAGGUGGUGAAAAAAAGCAUAUACAAGCAACAGUGAGCGUGCUUAGUCCAGCAGAUGGCUUUAGGUGUAUUCGACUUAAAGCGGCGCUAAACAGACCCAUCAGUGAAUGGGUACUUUGAUGUCAUAUACCAGCAGUGCUGCUUUAAGUCGAACACACCUUUUCUUUUAGUUUGGAGUGUUCGGUUAGUUUCGUCACGAAAUACACAUCAUGCAACCCAAACGAUCAGGUUGUGAACAUAUCGCUUUGCCUUUAGGUUCUGUAUCUUUAGGUUCGCUGACAAAAAUGUAUGAACGCUAAGUUGACCAGGACCAAAUGUAUCAUUUUCCUUUUUAGUCUGGACCAAAUGAACGAAACAAACCAAACUACAAGUGUGAACACACCCUUAAAAAGCCAACGCAUACAUGUCUUCUUUAUAAGACAAUUAAAAACCAACAGACUGAUAAAAAUGUGGACUUAGGAGCCCAAUGAGGAGUGGCGAGUGGAAUUUGCAUGCCAUGCCACUCCCUAGUACACACAGGUAUGUGCAACCACUCAUUCAGGAUUGUGCAAAGGAGGUGAGAUGUAUCCCGACAUUCAGCACAGUUCAGGAUCAUGGCAGGUUCCCUUUCAGUCAAUCACGUUCGACGUUAUAUUGACAGAUGCCAUGGGGUCCCUAUGGAAAAUGCCACAACCUGAACUGCGUUACGUAAUUGUUCCAUUCUAAGGGUGCAGCAUAUUCAAAAGCAGUUUUACCUAGAUUAGUUCUAGCUAAAGGUGUAUGGAGAUUAUAAUAAUACUGGGAAUGCAGUGAAUAGUUACCAACUACGUUUUGUUGAAUCAACUAACAGUGAUAUGUACAAAUCAAGACACUAUGUAUCUAUCUAAAGAAUAAAGAGUUCUAAUGUUCAUGAAACCUGUAAAACAAGAAUGACAAAUAGCUACAGUAUAAGACAUAAGAAAGGGGGAAAACUCGAAGACAAGAUCAUCUGAUAACAUUACAUAUUAAAAUGAAAGCUUGUGCAACAAUACACUUUUUAGCCAGUUAGACACACAAUCUCAUGCACUUGUAUUUUCUGAUUUAUUUAUUUAUUCUAGAUAAAAUAUCUCUCCAAUAUCUCUAAAUGUUAAUUUAAGGGAUUUUCUGUAUAUCUGUGAUAAAUGUAUUGCUAGUUGAUAUUUUUCACGCUGGAUGUGGUGAACAAUAUAAUGGGUACCAAGAGCACAAGUAAAACUGUCAGGGUUAUGGACUUGUUUUGUUGUGUUUUUGCUCCUUAGUGUUCUCCAUGUCCUAGUUUUACCUUGUGAGUUUGUAUGCCCACACUUGGUUUAGUUCCUGUUACUGUUUUGUAGGGCUGCAACGAUUAAUCGAACGAU